AUGGAGUUCAAGGCUUCUUUGAGACUGCCAUGCGAGAGCCCUGAGAUUGUUGCAACAGCUAUACGAUGCGAGGAUAGCGAUUGCGACAUGCCGGAGGAAACAUAUUCUCAUGAAGAUGGGUACUUAGUUGUGAAUGUUUCUGCAGCCAAGAUAAAAGAUCUUUCCAAAUCACUCAACUCGUUGUUGUCAAGGUUCAAGCUGUCUGUCGAAAGCAUAGAGAUGUGCAAAAAGCUUGGAGGCAGGAAGGAAGUGGGGUAG